UCAGCUUUGAGCUGGACGCCUAUUUCCUCCUUUUGGAGGCCUGGUGAGGCCCAUGGCCCAAGCCUCACCAGAGAAGUUUGUGAGAAUUUGAUGUGGGCUGGAAUGGUCCCGAGAGGCCCAGGUCCCACCAGGGUCCUGUGGCAGGCAAAAGCGGGUUGGGUAUUGUGAACAGGAAGCGGAAGUGUUGGGUGGAUAACCCCCCUAGCUGCAGUCGAGAGCUCCGGAGCUCACUUCUCAGCACAUCUAGAGCCAGAAGUGGGCGCCCUGGGAGGAGGCCAGUAGACUGAUGGCUGUAUUCUAUGCCCUUGGGUUUGGGUUGCUGGUGACCCUGCCAGGAACUCUGGCCUCCGGGGACAGCGUGGGCUCCAGUUCGGUGACUGUUGUCCUCCUGCUGCUGCUAUUCCUCCUGCUGCUCGCUGGCCUGGUCCUGGCCUGGCACCGCCUCAGCCGUGACUCGGGGGGCUACUACCACCCGGCCCGCCUGGGCACUGAGCUGUGGGGCCGUACCCAACGCCUGUUCUGGGCCAGCCCUCCAGGCCACUGGCUUCAGACCCAAUUUCAGUUGGGGUCACCACACAACGCAGAGGGGCAAGAGGACGUACAGGAUGCAGAAGAUGAAGAUGGUGUGGAGGAGGCUGAACCCCAGGAAGACAAGCAACAGCGCUGCAGAGCAGAAGCGCACCCAGAACAGGCCUUGGGGUGCACCGAGGAAGCACUCAACACUGAUGCUGAACGGGGCUCAGGAGGCAGCGCUGAGGCCCUGCUGAGUGACCUGCAUGCCUUCUCAGGCAGUGCAGCAUGGGAUGACAGCACUGGGGCCGCAGGGGCCCAGGGCCUCCAUGUCACUGCACUAUAGGAGCCAGCCUUGGUGUCCCAGCCCUGUCGUGGCAUCUACUGCACCUCUGCUUCCCAAGCUGUCAUGGUGGCAAACAACUACCGGGGAUCUGUCAUCGUCACUCCAACUCCCACGUGGAGUACCUCAGACCCCUUUCAGGUCCCAAGUCUGUGCAGCCCCAACCCCUCUAUAAGGCUAUCCCCCACCCGUGCCCUGGGCAGCCAUUUGAAAGCAAUGCCCUCCCCUGCUGCUUGAUCCUAGCAAUUGGUGAUAGCACACUCUGGUAGGAAAUGCUAAUACAUUUUACUGUACGAGAAAUGGUACUAAGUUCCCUAUUAAAUUUACACUUAAGUUCAAA